UCUUAAUCGCCUUGAUUGAUAAGGAGAGUCCGAUUAAUAAAUCGCUAAGAUAUCACAAUUAGGCUAACCAACGUAUCCAUAGUGGAUGGUAAAUGUGUUUAAUAAUUAUUUUAUAGAAAAUGAGGGUUCUCCUACUACUCCUAAGUCUGUUCUCCGCAUCAUGGGCAGAGGAGCAGCAAGCGACCAAAGUGCCCAGGGCUGUGGAGAUGACCUUGGGAGUAGACAUGAAGCCUCCUAAAGAAUGGGACAGCCUGCCCACUAGGAAUGUCUUCGUAACCUGGAUGCCCAUGCCACUUGAUCACUUUGACCCUCAUAACCCAACAAUUUUUCACAUGAGAUUCAUGUUCAACGAGGAAUUCUUCGGAGGCGAUGGUUCUCCAAUAUUCAUCUUAGUCGGUGGGGAGUGGGACAUUGACCAUCGUUGGUUACUGGCUGGUAAUAUGUACGAAAUGGCACGAGAGAACAAAGGGUAUCAGAUAUACACUGAACAUCGCUACUACGGUGCAACUAAAAUAUUCCCAACAUUCACUGCUGAAAACUUGCGUUUCUUGAACAUUGAUCAAGCUCUAGCUGACCUAGCAUAUUUCAUAGUAGAGAUGAAGAAACAGCCGCGUUUUGCAAACAGCAAAGUGAUACUGUACGGAGGAUCAUACGCUGCGAAUAUGGUGAUGUGGUUCAAGAAACGCUAUCCUCACUUGGUGGUCGGUUCCGUAGCUUCGAGUGGACCGAUCCUAGCUAAGGUGGACUUCACAGAAUACUUGGAAGUGGUCCAUGAAGCUUUCUUGCUAGAGGGAGGAGAGCAGUGCAUAGCACACAUUAAACGUGGAAUAGAUGACACAUUGGCUGCAAUUAGAACAGAAUCUGGAAGACGCAUGCUGGAACAGGCAUACAGGCUUUGUGCACCACUCGACUAUGACGAUAUCUUUGCUAUGGGAUACUUUUCGGGACUUAUCACUUGGAGCUUCUCUGCUGCGGUACAGGGAGCAAGGCCGGGCAGUUUAAUGAAUAUUUGUAAUAAUUUCGAGGCUGGAAACUUUGGAUCAACUCCAAUGGAACAGAUUGGUGCAUUCAUAGCGUUAAUUCAAGAACUGGAAUCGAACGAAUGCUGGACUAUUACAUAUGAAGGUUUACUCGCCGCAUACAAUCGUACAGACAACUCUCGAGCGUGGUAUUACCAAACUUGCACUGAAUAUGGAUUUUUCCAAACUGCGCCCAAAUCCGGUACUGUGUUCGAUGGCCUGACGUGGCUUAACGUAGACUUCUAUACUGACGUUUGCCUAAGAAACUUUGACAGCAGAUUUGAUAAAGAUUUCGUCCUCGCUGCGGCUGACCGUGUAAACUUAGUAUUUGGAGGCCUCGGGCCCGAAGUGAACAAUACCAUUAACAUCCACGGGUACAUCGAUCCAUGGCGGGCGCUCGGUGUUUAUAAAGAAGAUAUUUCGGAGACCUCUCCAACUUUUACCGUGGACAGAUUUAUGUACAACGAAGAAUUUUUUGGUGGCGAUGGUUCUCCGAUAUUCGUCACGAUUGCUGGAGACUGGCACAUUUCUCCCAACUGGUUGACCAGGGGAAACAUGUACGAAAUGGCAAGACAGAACAAGGGAUAUCAAGUAUAUGUCGAACAUCGAUAUUAUGGAGAAUCUCAAGUUUUUGAGAAAUUAACCAUAGAAAACCUUCGUUUCUUAAACGUAAAUCAGGCGCUUGCCGACCUAGCAUAUUUCAUUGGAGAGUUGAAGAGACAGCCUCGCUUCGCAAACAGCAAAGUUAUACUGUACGGACCAGCUUAUGCUGGCAAAUUAGCGUUGUGGUUUAAGAAGCGAUAUCCUCACUUGGCGGUCGGCUCCGUUGUAUCCAGUGCCGCAAUUUUAGCUAAAGUUGACAUCGGUGAGCAACUGGAAGUGGUGCAUGAGGCUUUCUUGCUGGAGGGAGGAGAACAGUGCAUAGCACAUAUUCGAGAAGGAAUAGAAGAGACAGUUGCUGCCCUGAAAACCGAAAGUGGAAAACGCAUCGUUGAAGAAGUGUACAGUUUAUGUGACCCAUUGGAUAAUGCCAUGGAUUUGGGCCGAUUUUCAGGCAUAAUAGCUUGGACUUUUAUAAAUUUCGUACUGAAUUCUAGACCGGGACAAAUAAAAGACAUAUGUAAAAAUUUCGACGGUAACAAUUAUGGAACCACUCCAAUGCAGCAAAUUGCUGGAUUCGUAGCAGCAGCCACAGGAACAGAAACGGAUAUCACCUGUUUUAGUUCUUCUUUCGAAGUUUUUAUUAAUUUAUACAUGAAUAUGGAUAGUAAAAUGUCACAUCGUGCAAUCCUUUUCCAAACAUGCACUGAAUUCGGUUAUUUCCAAACUGCACCCAAAUCCGGCACUGUGUUUGACGACCUGACAUGGCUUAACAUAGACUUCUAUAACGAGAUAUGCCUGAGAUCUUUUGAUAAAAGAUUUAAUCCAGAGUUUGUGCAUGCCGCUGUUGACCGAGUGAACUUAGCAUUCGGUGGACUCUCGCCUGAGGUGAACAAUGUCAUCAACAUUCACGGAUAUUACGAUCCUUGGCGGCCGCUCGGUGUUUACAAGGAAGAUAUUUCAGAAACCUCUCCUACUUUUACCGUGGACAGGGCAUCUCAUUGCUUCGACACGAUAGAUUGGGAACCUAGCGACGACACCGCCGACAUGAUAGCUGUUCAGCAAGAAGCAAGGAGAAUAGUAGCGUCUUGGCUAUCUGAUUAA